CUUUCCUUUUUUAUUGCACAUCAGGUUUUUGAUGUACUUUCAUUUUUUUGUUGUUUUUAGGUUCGACUGAUAAACGCCUGCGUAAUACGGAUUUUACCAUCCGUUGUAAUUUAUAGCUAUGACGUUCUAGGAAAAAUGUUUCUAAACCCAACACUUCAUUUAUAAAUAUUCCUAAAUUUUAUGUAUUGUUAUUCAUGAUUAUAUUGUUAUACUUUCUAUUGCUGUAAAGUACUCUUGAUUGAAAUGCGGUUGUCAGAUAGCGCUCUCUAGUGCACAUUUUAUAAUCUGUCUGUCUCUCUCGUUCUCUCUGUCUGUCUGUCUGUCUCUCUCUCUCUCUCUCUCUCUCUCUCUCUCUCUCUCUCAUUCUCUCUGUCUCUCUCUCUCGGCCCCUCCUGUCACCGCUGCUGCUGCUAUUUUCCGCAUCUCGACGUUGAGGAGAAAGCCGAGGAGGAGGAGGUUUUGUCAGGUGGUAACGCUGGUGGGGCGGGAGAGGAGCGGGUCCGUCCUAUGGAUGUCAUCAUCAUCCUCCACAGCAGCCGCAGCCAGGCCGGCACCUAAUCGGCGGCAUCCUCGGCUCGGCUCGGCUUGCACUUGCCGGUGCUAAGCAAGCCGGGGACGAGCACUCGAUCGCCGGGAGACACAAAGGUCCGUCCUCGGCAUUCGCGCGGAAGGGUGGUGGUGGCGUCAUGGCGAAUGCUUCGCCGGACCUGGACAACGCCGAUGCCCAGCGCCAGCUCAACAACAACAACCGGCCCAUCAGUUCGGCAUUUUGGGAAACAGAGUGCACCAGCGCCAAGUUGUUUGAGUGCUCCCGCAUCAAAGCCCUCGCCGAGGAGCGAGAUGCCGUCCAGAAGAAGACGUUCACAAAAUGGGUUAACUCCCACCUGGCCCGAGUGUCCUGCCGCAUCUCAGACCUCUACAAUGACCUGCGCGACGGCUACAUGCUCACACGGCUGCUCGAGGUUCUCAGCGGGGAGCUGCUGCCGAGGCCGACACGAGGCCGCAUGCGCAUCCACUCUUUGGAAAACGUGGACAAAGCCCUCCAGUUCCUUAAGGAGCAGAGGGUCCACCUGGAGAAUGUGGGCUCACAUGACAUUGUGGACGGCAACCACCGCCUCACACUGGGCCUCAUCUGGACCAUCAUCCUCCGCUUCCAGAUCCAAGUGAUCAAAAUUGCCACAGCUGACAACAGAGAGACACGCUCGGCCAAGGACGCUCUGCUGCUCUGGUGUCAGAUGAAGACUGCCGGGUACCCUGAAGUGAACAUCCAGAACUUCACCAGCUGCUGGAGGGAUGGCCUGGCCUUCAAUGCACUCAUACACAGGCACAGACCGGAUCUGAUUGAGUUUCACAAGUUGACCAGGUCCAACGCCACUCACAACUUGCAGCGGGCCUUCAACGUCGCUGAGCAGAACCUGGGCCUCACCAAGCUGCUGGACCCUGAGGAUGUGAACACGGAGAACCCCGAUGAAAAGUCCAUCAUCACCUACGUGGUCUCCUACUACCACUACUUCUCCAAGAUGAAAGCUCUUAUAGUGGAGGGCAAGAGAGUCGGCAAGGUCCUGGACAACUGCAUCGAGGCCGAGAAGCUGGUGGGCCGGUAUGAGGCACUGGCGUCAGACCUGCUGGACUGGAUUGAGAAGACCAUUGCUGUCAUUGGCAACCAGAAGUUUGCCAACUCACUGACCGGCGUUCAGCAGCAGCUGCAGGCCUUCACCACCUACUGCACCGUCGAGAAGCCAAUCAAGUUUCAGGAAAAGGGGAACCUCGAGGUACUUCUCUUCACCAUUCAAAGCAAACUAAGAGCUAACAACCAGAAAGCCUACAUGCCUCAUGAGGGAAAGCUCAUCUCCGACAUCAACAAGGCGUGGGAACGUCUAGAGAAGGCGGAGCAUGAGAGGGGUGUGGCCCUGCGUAAGGAGCUGAUUCGCCAGGAGAAGCUGGAGCUGCUGGCUCAGCGUUUCGACCACAAGACCACCAUGAGACAAGCGUGGCUCAACGAGAAUCAGAGACUCGUGUCGCAGGACAACUUUGGCUAUGAUCUCCCUGCGGUUGAGGCGGCCAUGAAGAAGCACGAGGCCAUCGAGGCGGAUAUUGCCUCGUAUGAGGAGCGAAUUGGUGUGGUGGUGGAGCUGGCCACCGAGAUGGAGGUGGAGAGCUACUACGACAUCCGCCGCAUCUUGGCCCGCAAAGAGAAUAUCCUGGGACAGUGGAGUCUGCUGAAGGAGCUGCUGGCGGGAAGGCGAACCCGGCUGGAGAAGAAUCUGGCCCUGCAGAAGACCUUCCAAGACAUGGUCUACAUGAUCGAUUGGAUGGAGGACACACAGGCCCAACUGUUGUCCAAGGACUUUGGGAAGCAUCUUCUGGAGGUGGACGACCUGCUGCAGAAGCACAGCCUGCAGGAAGCCGACAUUGGGGUGCAGGUUGAGAGGGUGGAGACACUCAAUGCUGCUGCACUCAAAUUUACCACCAUCGAGGGUUACCAGCCAUGCGACCCGCAAGUAAUCUGUAACCGGGUCAAUCACGUGUCAUCCUGCCUAGAGGAGCUGAAGGAGUUGGCAGCCAAGCGACGCUCUGAGUUGGAGGAGUCCAGGCAGCUCUGGGCCUUUUUCCAGGUACUGGAAGAGUCUGAGGUGUGGAUUCGGGAAAAGAGUUCCAUCCUGGGGGCUCAGGGCUAUGGGAAAGACCUCAGCAGUGUGCUCAAGUUACUUCAGAAACACAAGACCCUCGCCGGAGAACUAAUGGCCCACCGAGCCUUGCUGGAGACGACCAUCGAGCGCGGUCAGCAGAUUCUGAAUGAGAAGAGCUUGGGCACAGCGGGCAUUCAUGAGCGCAUCCUGGACGUGACGGAUGAGUGGACGCGGCUAGAAGAGCAGGCAGCACAACGCCUCGCCCACCUACAGGAAGCGCUCAACUUCUUCCAGUUCUCGACCGAGACUGACGACCUGGUGGUGUGGCUGCAGGACUCGUACCGUCUGGUCUCCAGUGAGGACUUCGGUCAUGAUGAGUACUCCACAUGCUCGCUACUCAAGAAGCACCGAAGUGUCAGCGAGGACAUUGACAAACAUCGGCUGCAUGUGGUGGCGCUGCGCAAGCACUUGCCGUUGCUGCCGCUGCGCUACAGAGAACAAGAGGACGUGCAGGUUCGGGUAGUGGAAGUGGAACAACUGUACACGGAGGUGGUAGAGGUGGCCGUCCUCCGCCAGCAAUGGCUCCAUGACGCCCUGGCUGUCUAUCGCAUGUUCAGCGAAGUCAAUGCUUGCGAGCUCUGGAUAGAUGAAAAAGAGCAAUGGCUCAACAAAAUGGAGAUCCCUGAGAACCUGGACGAUGUGGAGGUGGUGGCGCACAGGUUCGAGUCCCUGGACCAGGAGAUGAAUAGCCUAAUGGGGAGGAUCUUGGAUGUCAACCAUAUAGUCCAGCAGCUUCUGGAUGGGGGACAUCCAUCUUCCACAGAGGUCAGAGGCUGUCAGGACCACCUCAACUCCAGAUGGAACAGCAUCGUGGGUCUGGUGGAGCAGAAGAAGAACCAGCUGGACAGCAUGCAGCGUCUUCAGAACUACCUACUGGAGUGUAGCGAGAUCAAGUCUCAGAUCCAGGAGAAGCGCAAGGCCAUCGACGCGACACAGUACGCCGGCAGCGAUCUGGGCGGCGUCCUGGCUCUGCAGCGCCGCCUCUCCACGAUGGAGGGGGCGCUGUCUGUGCUGGAGCCCAAGCUGAUGCAUUUACAGGAGGAAGCAGAGCACCUCGCCACAGCCCACGCUAACCGGGCCACGGAGGUCCUGCUUCCCUUCGACGGAAUCAGCGUGGAGUGGGAAGAGCUUAAACGCACCCUGCAAGGCUGCGAGGACUCGCUUUUCGUGGCCAGCAGACUGCAAAGCUUCAUCCAGGACCUGGACUUGUUUCUGACCUGGCUGGUCCAAACUCAGACGUCCGCCGCCUCGGACCAGCUGCCUAAUGAUUUGGAGGAAGCCGAGAGACUCAUCAAUAAACACGCCGCACUCAAGGAGGAAAUUGGACGUUACGAGGAGGACUACGAGCGUCUGCAGGCGAUGAACGAGCUGCUGGAGUCGGAAGAAGCGCCUCUUCCACAGGCCGCCCUGCAGCAGUGGCUGCAGAAGCUGGACGUGGGCUGGAACAAGCUGCUGGAAAUGUGGGAGAGCCGGCGGGACGUCCUGGUGCAGGCACAUAUAUUUCACCUGUUCCUGCGUGAUGUCAAACAGGCAGAGUCCUUCAUCAACAACCAGGAGUCAGCGCUGGCCCACGUGGAGCUUCCCACCACAGUGGAAACAGUGGAGGCUGCGGUGAAGAAGCACAAGGACUUCACCACCACCAUGGAGCUCAACCUGCAUCGCAUCAAGGCUGUCAUUGAGGCCGGCGAGAGCCUCAUCAGCCAGAACAACAUCUACUCAGAGCGCAUACGACAGAGAGUAGACAUGCUUGCCAACAGGGGCAACCAGAACCGCGAACAAGCCCAUCAGUGGUUGGAAAAACUCAAUCACCAGUGGGCUCUCCAGAGGUUCCUCCAGGACUGUCACGAGCUGGGCAACUGGGUGAGCGAGAAGAUGCUGAUGGCGAGGGACGGAAACUGCGAUGACAUGCAGAAGCUUCACAAGAAAUGGCUCAAGCACCAGGCCUUCAUGGCAGAGCUAGCACAGAACAAAGAGUGGCUGGACAAGAUUGAGAAGGAGGGCCAGCACUUGAUCCAGGAGAAGCCUGAGCUGAGCCCGCUUGUGCGUCAGAAAUUGGAGGAAAUUCGCCAGUGCUGGUUGGACCUGGAGAGCACCACGCAAGCCAGGGCCCAGCAGCUCUUCCAGGCCAACAAGACAGACCUGCUGGCUCAGAGCUACCGCAGCCUGGACCAGAGACUGGGGCAGAUGGAGGGCCAGCUGGCCUACGUGGACUGCGGCCAUGACCUGGCCACUGUCAACAGGCAGCUGAAAAAAUUGCAGAACAUGGAGUACCAGAUGGAGGAGUGGUACCAGGAGGUUGGUGAGCUGCAGGCUCAGGCGUCCGCUGUGCCGCAACAAACACAAGGCAAGGAGACGGUGGCUGAGCAGCAGGCAGCGGUCGAGGCUCGCAUGGUGCGCCUCAUCGAACCUCUCAAGGAGCGCAGGCGACUGCUGCUGGCCUCCAAGGAGGUCCACCAAGUGGGACGAGACCUGGAGGAUGAGAUGUUGUGGGUGCAGGAGCGCCUCCCACUGGCCAUGAGUCAGGAACAUGGCUCCUCCCUGCAGUCGGUGCAGCAGCUCAUGAAGAAGAAUCAGACUCUCCAGAAGGAGCUCCAGGGCCACCUGAGCCGUGUGGAGGAGGUCUUGGAGCGUGCAGCCAUCUUCGCUUCGGUCCGCAGUCCUGAGGCAAAUGCUGUCCAUGUGGGUCACGAGCAGCUGUCCCAGCUCUGGGCGCUGCUCUGGGCCGAAACGGAACGUCGGCAGCUGGUGCUGGACGCCAUGUACCAGGCGCAGCAGUACUACUUUGACACGGCCGAGGUGGAAGCCUGGCUCAGUGAGCAGGAGCUGCACAUGAUGAAUGAGGAGAAAGGGAAGGACGAGCCGAGUACCUUGCAGCUGCUGAAGAAGCACCUGGUCCUGGAACAGACCGUUGAGGACUAUGCUGAGACCAUUGGGCUGCUGUCUCAGCAGUGUCGGCAGCUGCUGGAGAUGGGCCACCCUGACUGUGAGCGGAUCAGUAAGAGUCAGUCGCAGGUGGACCGCUUGUACGUUUCGCUGAAGGACCUGGUGGAGGAGCGCAAGAGCCGCCUGGAGCAGCAGUACUGGCUCUACCAGCUCAACCGUGAGGUGGAUGAGCUGGAGCAAUGGAUUGCUCAGAGGGAAGUGGUGGCUAGUUCGCCCGAGCUGGGACAGGACUUUGAGCAUGUCAGCUUGCUCCAGGAGAAAUUUACAGAAUUUGCAUCAGAGACAGGCAGCGUGGGUCAGGAACGCGUGACGGCUGUCAAUCAGAUGGUGGACGAGCUUAUCGAUUACGGCCAUGCCGAUGCUGCCGUCAUCGCCGAGUGGAAGGACGCCGUCAACGAGUCAUGGGCUGAACUGCUGGAGUUGAUAGAGACACGAGCACAGAUGCUGGCUGCCUCGCACCAGCUGCACAAGUUCUUUGCUGACUGCCGGGAGGUUUUGUCUCAGAUUGACGACAAGCACCGCAGAUUACCAGAGGUGCGCAUCUGUCAGAGCAGUACGGCCAACACCAGCACGCUGCAAAGGCUGCUGCACGGCUUCGAGCAGGAUAUCCAGCUGCUGGUCACUCAGGUGCGUCAGCUGCAGGAGAGCGCGGCCCAGUUGAGGACCGUGUAUGCCGGUGAGAAAGCCGAAGCCAUUGCCUGCCGCGAGAACCAAGUUAUGCAAUGCUGGAAGGAGCUGCUCACCUCCUGCGAGGAGUGUCGGCUACAGAUCACCACUGAGACGGACAAGCUCAGGUUCUUGGGCCUUGCUCGCGAUCAGAUCAUGUGGAUGGACUCCAUCCUCUGCCAGAUCAACACGGGGGAGAAGCCACGGGACGUGUCCUCUGUGGAGGUUCUGAUGAACUAUCACCAGAGUCUGAGGAACGAGGUGGACGCCCGCAGUCAGAGUGUGAUGGAAUGUAUCGACAUGGGAAAGAUGCUGCUGGCGGCGAGGAACCCUGCAGCUCACCAGAUCAAGGAGAAGCUGGACCAGGUUGUCGCGAAGCAACAUGAGCUGUCUGUGAAGUGGGACAAGCACUGGGAGGCCCUGCAGCAACUGCUGGAGGUUCACCAGUUUGCUCAGGAGGCAGUGGUGGCGGAGGCGUGGCUGACGGCACAGGAGCCGCUGGUCAGCAGCAGGGAGCUGGGAGGCAGCGUGGAUGAGGUGGAGCAGCUCAUACGUCGACACGAAGCCUUCCGCAAAGCCGCCGCCACUUGGGAGGAACGAUUCAGCUCACUUAGACGGCUUACCACGGUGGAGAAGCUGAAAGCCGAGCAAAGCAAACAACCGGCAACGCCUCUGCUGGGCCGUAAAGUCUUCCUGGACCCCCAGGAUGCUUCCCCAGCUCCCCCUUCCAGCCUCCCACGCCUGCCCCUCUCCCCUGUCAUGAGACAGACCAUCUAUGAGCAGAAUGAGGCCAGCACACCGCCCUCCCCAUCGCCCGCGACACCGACGCCAUCCCCCUCGAGAGUCCGAUAUCCCGUCCAUCACGUCCAUCCCGCCCAUUCGUCCAUCUUGUCCGUGGCCACGGCCGCCAUGUUGGUCUCGGCCAAUCAGGCACGAGACAGCAGCAGGAAGGCGGGUAACCUUCAACCCAAGCUGGAAGUGGACGCCAAGCCCUCGCCGUACCUCCGCCAACCCAAAAUCAAACACCUGGAUGACGCUGUGACACCCCUCCUUGUUGCCAGCCGGUUGGAGAAGGUUCGGGAAAAAGGCAGGGAGAUGAUAACAGAGAGAGCCGAAGUAGCCGUGAUGGCCGAGGUGGUCCUCCAGGAGCCUAACCGUGACCGGCUCUAUGGAGGGCCAAAGACCUUCAGGACUAACCCUGAGCUGCAGGUCCAUACUCGGACUGUCCAGCUGGAGUGUCAGAUGUCUCCCGAACAGCUGAUUCAAGCCCGCAAGAACGAGCUUCCUCAGGAGGUGUGGAGGGAACACACCGAACGGCGGGAGCGACGGACCCUGGAGAGGCAGACAUCCAGCGAACAGGAAGGGCACGGAAGCCACGAGGGCCGGAGGAGGGAGCGAGAUCGGCACCGGCUGGAGAGGCAGGAAUCCAGCGAGCACGACACUGGCAAGGAACAGUCUGACAGACGCUCAGGAGGAGGAGAGAGGAGAACCACCAUGGCAGAAAUAGUGGAGCAGCUUCAGGAGAGAGAAGCAGCACAGGCCCGAGGCGAGGUUUCCCAGCUGCCAAACGGCCUACCAGAGAAGUCUUCCCGUCCUGACCGGCCUCGAGCUCGGGACAGACCCAAACCUCGGCGCCGGCCGCGACCCAAAGAGCCGGGAGAAACCACGCGGCGUUCUCGCUCGGCUCCAGCUCAGAGUGGCCCCGCGCCCCCCCAGCCACCCACACACAGUGCACAUCAUGAGGGUUUCCUCUUCCGCAAGCUAGACAUUGAGAGCCUAAAAAAGAGCACCAACAGCAGGUCUUGGGUGAACCUGUACUGCAUUCUGCACAAAGGCGGACUGGGCUUCUACAAGGAUGCCAAGAACACCACCACGGCAUACAACAACGAGCCGAUGCUCAACCUUGCCCACUGCCAUUGUGAUGUCACCAACGGAUACAAGAAGAAGAAGAAUGUCUUCACGCUCAAGACGAAGGAUGGGAGCGAGUUCUUAUUCCACGCUAAAGACGAAGAGGACCUGAAGAUGUGGGUGAGCAGUAUUGGCAGCAGCAUCGCGGAACACGAGGAGAUGGCCAAGUGGGGCCUCCCCCAAGCAACUACCUCAUCCACCGAUGAGGGCACGCGGCACGACGGCAGCAAGGCUGGCUCGGAGCGCGGCGGCGAGCGAUCAGACCGAGCCGAGAAGGCAGAGAAGGUGGAAAAAGAGAAAGAAAAGGACAGGGAACGGGACAAAGACAGGGCAGAGCGCUCAGAUCGCGGUAGAAAGAUGGAAGCCAAACGCUCAGAGAAGUCCAGUAAGAAAAAAUGAUGUCUUCUCACCGCCUCCCACGUGGAAGCACUUAGAUGCAACGUGACGCAGGAAAGAAGAACUCUUUAAACUGACUUCUUCUCCGACUGUGUCUACGCCGUAACUCGGCCAACUAACUGGCUGUGCAGGGAAGUGAAGCGGGAAGAUGAUUGCCGCUUGUGAGACAGAAUAUCAAGUAGCUUGCGCUGUUCCUAUUCUGAUUGCUUUUAUGAACUGUUCGUGCGUGCGUGCGUGCGUGUGCGUGUGUGUGUGUGUGUGUGUGUGUGUGUGUGUGUGUGUGUGUGUGCGUAGAGUUCAGAGUAAUAGCAGUGUAAUUAAAAAAGGGAGUAAACCUAAAAAUUCUGACAAUCGCAGUUUUUUAUUUUGAGUACCAGCAUAAAUCAUUCGCAACACUUUGAAUCCAAAUAAACAUUAAAGAAAAACAUGGAUCAAAUAUGUUACUCCUUGUAACAAAUAUGAAAAAAAAGAGAGAAACUAUCAACUAAAAAAUAUUUGAAGAUUUUAACAUUUCCGUGAUGCAAUACAGAUGUGAAGCACACUAGAGUUAGUCCCAAAGGUCCACCAUUGAAGAUUCUGCAGAACAAAAAUGCUUUAAUAAUUUACGAUAAAUAAUAAUCUUCCUUAAAAACUCAUAAGUGAGUACAAAAUGAGUGGGCUAACAUCUGGCACCUGUGAAUUGGUAUGACACAUAAAUGUGAGGUACUUUUUUGAACACACUGCUAUUUAAACCGAACACAACUGUGUCUUUUAGUGGAGGAAGCCCUCUAUCCGAAACUGAUCUCAUUGAUCAUACCACGAAAAUCAUCCAAAUUUCUCUCUUUUUUUUUGUUUCCAUCAAAUGGGAAUCGGGUUGAUGUGUACGUCUGUCCAUUGCUCUCAGGUUUCUAACGUGUUGUAAGCGUGUGCUUGGUGUGUUCAAAUGUCUUCCAGAUGUGUGGUUCCAAACCAACAGAAAUGUCAUCGGAUUGGAAGCAAGGAAUGUUGGAUGAAUGACUGUAUGGAUGGAUAAAUGAAUGAAUGGAUGGCAGACCGGAAACCGCUUCAGCUGUCACACCUUUUGACUUUGCAUGUCUGAUUUGACGUGAAAUCACAUGUAGGAAAAAAUUAAAAGCAAAAACACUCAUUUGUUUCACGCCUCU